UUAUUUAAAAAUAAGAUUUCGUCAAUAAUCAAGUUUUUUUGUUGUUUGUUUUAAGGGGGUUUCCCGAUUUUAGCAAGAAAUUGGGACGGUUUUUUUAGAUUAUUUAGAUAAUCUUAUGAUAUUUUGAUAAAAAAUUGAACAUCAAAUCACAGUUCACAUGCCGUAAAGUAUGGACACUUCAGAGAAACAAAACCGUCUUUUAGUUGAUUUGCAUGUGAAAUACAUUCAAUCUCUUGACACGAAAAAAGAUGACUUGGAAUACUGGUUAACGGAACAUUUGCGUUUAAGCGGUGUUUAUUGGGGUUUAACAGCCUUGGACUUGUUAAAUAGCAUUGACGCACUCAAAAAAGAAGACGUGGUGAAGUAUGUGGUUUCUUGUCAGCAUGAUAAUGGUGGAUUUGGUGGACAUAUUGGUCACGAUCCACAUUUAACAUAUACGCUCUAUGCAGUGCAAAUUUUGGUCAUUGAAGAUGCAUUAGAUGCUGUAAAUGUGGAUAAAAUUGUUGAAUAUGUUGCAUCCUGUCAAGAUCGUGAUACGGGAGCUUUUACGGGAGAUGAAUGGGGAGAGAUUGAUACUCGAUUUUCCUAUUGUGCACUAUCUUGUCUUUCCCUUUUGAAACGUUUAGACGCUAUAAAUGUUCCAAAAGCUGUUGAAUUCAUUAUGCUUUGCAAAAAUUUUGAUGGAGGAUUUGGUGUUUCACCUGGAGCAGAAUCACAUGCAGGUCAAAUUUUUUGUUGUGUUGGCGCUCUUGCUAUUGUUAAUUCAUUGCAUCUGGUUGAUGCAGAUUUACUUGGAUGGUGGCUUUGUGAACGACAAUUAAAAAAUGGUGGAUUAAAUGGACGACCAGAGAAACUUGAAGAUGUAUGUUAUUCCUGGUGGGUUCUUUCUGCGCUUAGUAUCUUGGGCAGGCUACAUUGGAUAAAUAAAGAAAAAUUGAUUGAAUUUGUGUUGGUUGCUCAGGAUUCCGAGGGUGGAGGUAUAGCUGAUAGACCAGGGGACAUGGCAGAUGUAUUUCACACUUUAUUCGGAAUUGCAGGUUUGUCAUUGUUGGGGUAUCCCGAUUUGAAACCUGUUGAUCCAGUUUAUUGUUUGCCAAAACAUGUUGUCCAAAGAAUCGGACUAGCAGAAAGAUAUCAUGUAUAAAGAAUUUUAAUGAUAUUUAUUAUGAAAUGUUAUAGUUCAUUAUUAUAAAUGUAUAUAAUGUAGUUCAUUAUCAAUUACUUUUUUAAUAACCUUUACAUAUAAAAUAUUAUUUGAAGCAAAUGCAUUUUACUUAAAUGAUGAAAUUGCAAACCAGGGUAAGAUUAUUUAAUGCUACUUUUAGUAUACAGUACAAUUGUGCCUUUCACUGUAAAAUAUUAAAAUCAUUGGUAUCAAAUACGUUUGUUAAUAUUUAAAAAAAGAACCAAUGCGAUUUAAGUUCCAUUAAUUUUCCCAACGAUUUGUUUCGUCAUCGGUCAAAUGAUUAAAAGACAUUUCAAUAGUCGUAUUUUUGCAGU